AUGUCGAAUACCCUAUUCUCUCCCACACUCACCUCAUCCACCAACGCCGACGACAUCGACAUGACUCUUCCCCUCUCGCAAGACAAAGGGGUCGACAACUUUGAAUCUCUCUUCAGUUUUGAUGAAUUCGAAUCUUUAGGAGACACCAGCUCUCACACCCAUUCACCAACUACCGCUUCACCCAAUUAUACACCUUCGCCACUCCCUCUCCCAGCUGAGGAACCAGUAACAUUCAUCCCUGACAGCUUCGACUUCCUCGGUGCCGACGGUGCGAUGGACUUUCCUCUUGACUUCUCAUUCGGCAAUGAAGCCAAAGCUGGUCCAGUCAUACAAGAAGAAAUAAUGCAAGUCAAGCAAGAACCCGUAGAAUUCAGCUUUGGAGAAGCAUCCAAUUCCCAAUCACCCGUCACCGAAGCAAGACCUAUGCCGGUACCUCAGCCAUUGCUGCAACAGAACAAUACAGUCAACCCCGAUAACUUCGUGGGUCUUCCUGUCGACCAACAAGCUGCUCUUCAGCAACUCAUGGCCAACCUCAUAAAUUACCAACAGACCUACGGUCUCGACAUCCCUGCUCCUCAAGCACCUACCCAAGCUGCUGCACCAAGUACCAUCCAACCUUCGAUGAUCUUCUCAUCUGCCUCUCCUGCAGGCUUCACUGCUCCUGCAGCCUCUACAUCUCAGUCACCCGUCAAGCCAUCUAUUACCCUCUCCACGCCCAUCGAAGCUGACGAACCUCUUCGAUCCGUUGACCCCCAAGAGAUGGUCUCUCCCGGUCCUUCGCGAUCUACUCGACAGCUAUCGGUGGCCAGCUCCGGUAUUGAUGACCUCGACUCAAAGAUCGAUCGACUCGUACCUCUUAACACCAUCUUUUCAGCUGGUAAAGGUAAAGGCGGUAAGAAAGGUGGUGGCAUGUCAUCAGUCGUACGAAACGAGGACGAGAUAAUCGACGACGACGAAUCUUGGAGACCUUCACCAGAAGAAUACAAGAAAUUGUCUUCUAAGGAGAAGCGUCAGCUAAGGAAUAAGCUCAGUGCGCGAGCUUUCCGAACCAGAAGAAAGGAUUACAUUGGUACACUCGAGUCACACAUUCAAGAUCGAGAUGUUGUCAUCGAUGAGAUGAGAGCAGAAUUGGUCAAUUCCAGAUCGGAAAACCAGGAUUUAAGACGUGAACUAGCAGCCUUAAAAGCUAGCACCAUGUCUAUCCUUCAUCCCGAGACCGCCAACAAAUCGAGUGUCUCUCCUGCCAUGGUCAACGCAUUGGCGAUGUCACCAUCACUCGCCUCGCCUCCUUCGCCUGUCAACGCUACUGCCGGUCCAGGACCAAACACCAUUCGAAGGAGUAACACACCACUCCCUACCUUCAAUCCCAGGAAAGACCUGCCAGCUUCGAUCAAGGGAUCUUGGGGUGGAAACGACAACAUGUUCGGUGGUGGAUCAACCAUCUGCCAUACAAUGUUCACACCCGAUCUUGUUCUUCCUCCUACGACUUCUACUCCAGCGCCACUUCGCUCGCUCGCUGAUUUACCUCGAGUCAAUCUCAACCCGCAUCUCAAUGAUGACGUACCUGUAUCUGCGCCUCGUGGGAACAUACUCGGUGGAAUGGGCAACGGUCAAGAUACCUCGAAGACCUUCGCAGCAUGGUCCGAAGAUACGCCCUUCUCACUACGAUCCAUGGACUCAUACAGGAUGCAAAUGUGGUCUCGACUCGCUCGGGAAGCUGCGGCGGACAAGGUCAAUUUGGCUGGCGACAUGAGACCUAAAUUCUUCGUCGAAGUGAAAGAAGAACCACCCGUCUCGCCUGCCGCUGCUGCUCAAGCUGCAGUAGUAGCAGCGGCAGCUUCCAACCAUAUAACGACGAAAUUGGCCAAUUCUUUCUUUUCUGCUUUCCAAGGAACGGGAUCGAAACUGGAUACCGACAAAUUAGCAGCUGUUGUCACUGGUCAAGCUAAACUCAAGGUGGUUUCUUCGUCCGAAGUCGAUUUACCUGCUCCUCAACCAGCUCAAGUCGCCGAGACUUGUCAUGAAGAUUGCCUAUCGAUGUUGAUGGGUGGUCUGAAGUUACAAUCUGGACCUGGACUGCGAAGUCCUGGCGUUGGAAUUGGAGCGAGAGAAAAUCCUUUAGGAGCUUUAUGUGGUUUCUUUGGGAUGCCCACAAAGGCUUGA